AUGGCUGCUUCGACUGUUGAUCGGCAAGAUACCGCUUUGUCAACGUCGGUUGACGUGCCGGAAGCUGCAAUCAAUACACCUUCUGUGAACGAUGUGCCCAGCAUCGAUAUGCUCGAACAAACAGCCGAAAUUCCUGUUUUCUCUGCAGAUGGUGCAAGUCAUUCCUUCUCGUCUAUCUAUGCCGAACGGCCAACGCUUGUGAUCUUUCUCCGACAUUUCUUUUGCGGAGUAUGCCAGGAAUACGUUCGUGACGUCUGUGCACAAAUUCAGCCUGAUGAACUGGCAGCGUGCAACAAAGCAAUCGUUUUCAUCGGUUGCGGUCAACCAAGUUUAAUCAAGCUCUACAAUGAGGAAACCUCUUGUUCCUUCCCCGUUUAUGCCGAACCGACUAGAGCACUUUACGAAAAACUUGGCAUGAUUCAAACGCUUGCUCUGGGAAAUAAGCCUGAGUAUAUGAAGUCAUCAUUGAUAGGAUUAUCUCUUGCAUCUAUCGUACAAGCCGUCAAGUCUGGAAGUGGAGCAUUCAAAGGAGGAAACAUUCAACAAAUUGGUGGUGAGUUUCUCAUCGAGCCAGGCAAUAAAUGUACAUGGGCUCAUCGAAUGACAACGACGAGAGAUCACGCUCCGGUUUCGGGUUUGAAGAAAGCUCUCAAAUUUGUUUCGUGCGAGUAA